GGGGGUCCCUACCUGGGCUCCCCUCAAGGGCUGCGUGCACAGUGCCCACUUUCCAGUUCCCUGACCCACCCUGAGUCCCUACUCCAUUCCGCUCAGGGCUGACCUCAGCCCUGUCUUCCCCGGCCUCCAGUGUUCUUACGUCCAGCAGGGCCCUGUGGCUCAGUUCAGCCGCCACUCAGAACAGCACCUUCAGCUUCCCUGUCCGCCAGAUUCAGCACCCAGCAGGGACUGGAGGAAACGCUCACAUCGGGUGGUGGCCUGGUCCCCGCUGGCUGAACUGGCUUUUCAGGCAUCUCCAGGAAGCAACAUCCAACAGACAACUAUCCCUUAACCCCAAGGGUGAUGCACACUUCUCCCCUGGUCUUUCUGCCCCAGGAAGGCUCUUGAAACCCUGGUUAUCAGCCGCUGUCUACCUGCUGAUGCCCCCCCACAUUUACCUAGCAGUGCACAGACCCCUGCUGCAACCUGCUUGUUUUGCUGACCCUGCCAUAGGAGCGCCUAAGCUGAAUGCCCAUCUUCCCCCCUGCAAAGGCAGGUGGCUUGCAUCCUGUGGCAAUGUGCCCUUCACCCUUUGCCAGCAGUUGCUGGGGAGUCUUUCUGGCCCCUUUCUCAGACUCACCACCUACCUCCAACCUGCACAGAACAAUCAGAGUCCUGGCCACUUGCUAGAGAUGGCUUCAGGCCGACCACUCCAUCCUCACUGCAGGCCUUCUUUUUGGCUUCCAUAACUGCAUGGCCCCUUAAGAGGUCCCCCUCCUGGCCCUUGUCACUGCCUGAUGACAGCCGCUAUGCUCUAUGACUUUGGAGGCCAGGGACCAAGUCUCGUUCACUGUCCUUUCCACUGCCUGAGUGCAGUGUCUGGCUAUGCGGGGCACUCAGUGCCUGUGAGCCCUUGGUAAAUGGCUUCUGGACAACGGGGUCAAGGACAGCCUUGGGCGGCCACGUUCUGUGCAUUAUGCGGUGCUGUGGCAAAGCUGCCUUUUCUGCAUUUCAUGUCAGUGAAGGAAGACAUGGAUGCGCAGAGCCCUGUGGGUUGCUCCCAGCACUCAUUUGGUUUGUACCAUAGUCCUGUUUCCAGGCAGCCCCGGGGUCUGCCCCUGAUUGGCUGGAGGCACCACCAACCUCCCAGUCCUCGGGCAGUCACAGCUCAGGGCAAGCAGCACCAAUGAGAAACCAGCUGUGUAGAAGAGGAAACUCCUUCUUUACUGGAGAGCUUGCAGUUGUAACAGACAAGACAUCCCUGAGCUGCCAGCCUGGGGAAAGAGGACAUGAGUAAAGCUGUAACCACACCGUGUUGCCCAUAGCAGGCGGUGAGGAGAGUGGGUCUUAGUUGGCACUGUUUGAGCUGCAGUAUCAAUCAUGGCAGAGCUAGUGGACAGCUGGACCUGGGGGUAGCGGUGAAGAGCAAUGGUGGCCUCUGGAUUUGAGCCCGUUUGAGCUAGGCAGUCACUGGCAGCUCGGUGUGUGAACCUGCAACCACUCAGGCCUCUGCUGCCCUUCCCUCUUCUCACUGCUUCACCCUUCCCCUGCCCCACGCAGGCUUCCCCACUAUCCUCACCCGUGGUCCUGCACUAGUCCUGGCAAAGGUUCCGGUAACUGUAGCAACAGAUACCUACUGCCCCUCCUGCACAGCUGUGGUCGAUCAGCGAUGUUAAGACGUUACAAACGCAAGAACCCCCUCACUGUCUCCCUGGCGUUUGUGGGGUAGCUCCUUCACACGUACAGCACCGGACCUCCCUCCCCCGACUCCUUCCGGGGCCUGAACCUUGAGGUACUUAGGCCUCCCAAUGCUGGAGGGGCUCUGUAGAGGCGUCGAGGCCACGUUUCCAGUCCCCCCUCCACCCGUGUCUCCCCAGGGGCUGAGUUUUGAAGGCAAGACUUUGCGGGAGUCUGGCGUUAAUACGCAUCCCAAAAACCUGGAGUCAAUAAGGACUGAAGACACGACGCCGACGGCGGCCGGGUGACUCCGGGCACGCGCGUCUCAUCCAGGGCAAGGCCAAGCGGAGCCUCUGACCCUGCCCGCGCCCAGGGAACAGCAGUGGGCGGUCGUCCCGCCCCAGAUCCGACCGAGAUGGACCCCCUUGACCCACAGGCGUUUUGAGACGCGAGCUUCCGCGAUCCGAGGUCUCUGUGCGAACGUGGGCAUCUUGGAAGAGUCCCAGCCCCGCUCGGGGCGCACACACAAGCACUCUCAGCACCGCACCCGCGACCCGCGCCUCCGCUCGGGACAGACACGCUUCCGGGGUCGGCCGGCACCGCAGAGCCUGCUGGGUAACGAGCCCGCCCCACCCACGCCAGGUUCCGGCGUCGGCGUUUGGCGCGUUGCUGACGGGCAGGUUGCGUAGCCAAUUGCCGCUAGGCGGCGUCCCGCUGGUCGCGGGCCGAACCAAUGACACGCGAAGAGGCGGGCCGUGGAGCGUCCCGAGGAGCCGCCCUGCGGGAAGAAGCCGAAGGGGAGUCGGCGGCACAAAAUGGCGGCGGCGGCGGCGGCGGCGGCGGCUGGGGCUGCAGGGUCGGCCGCUCCCGCAGCAGCAGCGGCCGGCGCCCCGGGCUCUGGGGGCGCGCCCUCGGGGUCGCAGGGGGUGCUGAUCGGGGACAGGCUGUACUCUGGGGUGCUCAUCACCUUGGAGAACUGCCUCCUGCCUGACGACAAGCUCCGUUUCACGCCGUCCAUGUCGAGUGGCCUCGACACCGACACAGAGACUGACCUCCGCGUGGUGGGCUGCGAGCUCAUCCAGGCGGCCGGCAUCCUGCUCCGCCUGCCGCAGGUGGCCAUGGCUACCGGGCAGGUGUUGUUCCAGCGGUUCUUUUAUACCAAGUCCUUCGUGAAGCACUCCAUGGAGCAUGUAUCAAUGGCCUGUGUCCACCUGGCUUCCAAGAUAGAAGAGGCUCCAAGACGCAUACGGGACGUCAUCAAUGUGUUUCACCGCCUUCGACAGCUGAGAGAGAAAAAGAAGCCCGUGCCUCUACUAUUGGAUCAAGAUUAUGUUAAUUUAAAGAACCAAAUUAUAAAGGCGGAAAGACGAGUUCUCAAAGAGCUGGGUUUCUGCGUCCAUGUGAAGCAUCCUCAUAAGAUAAUCGUUAUGUACCUUCAGGUGUUAGAGUGUGAGCGUAACCAACACCUGGUCCAGACCUCAUGGGUAGCCUCUGAGGGUAAGUGACUAAGACUUCUCCUCUGCUGUCCAAGCGCUUUGGUGCAGGGACAGCGGCGUCUUCAGCCAAUCCAGUGCAGGCUCUCCACCGAAGGCUGGCUCUAGACUGGUGGUACGCACAUAGCAUAGCCAUGGCCGACUCCUGCUGUGGUUCUCUGACGAUUGUGCUUCUUGUUAAUCCUCUGUCGUGCUUUGGUAAUUGUAUUGAUUAGAGUUGAUAACUGUCUUGACUUGAAUUUUGUCCCUUUAAAACUGCUGUACCUGUAUGAUAAAGAUGCAGUACCUUUCUCUUAAAAAAAACAAAUGGUAUGGAAAGCUGUGAGAAUUGAAAAGACAAAUUGGCUGAUGUCAGUGUGGGGUUAUGUCAUGAUUUCUAGAAGCCCUAAAGUUGCUCUUUUCAGCAGCUUUGGGUGACACGCUCUGGUAAAAGGUGUGCAUCUUUAAAUUAUUUCAUGGAUACUUUAAAAAAUAUUGUAUCAUUUCAAAUACAGCAAUAAGUUUCUAUGUUCUCAAGAUUUCAUUUGUUUUUAAGAAUUUAAAGUUCUUGGAUUAAUACUAUCAGUACUUGAAUACUGAAAGUUGUUGAUUAGAAACCGAAUGGUUACUGAUUGUUGAGUGUAUCUGUGUUAGAGCUGUGCACUGACAUGCUUGCAUCAGGGGGUGCGGCCACACAGACGCCACACAGAUUCCCCCGUGAUGCCUGGAGCUGCCUCCAGAGACUUACCAUUUAGAAAUCUCUGAUGGGUUUGUAUGUUACCUUCUCCAAGGUUUGUUUAGGGCAGAUACUGGGGGAGGGCCAUGGGUCGGAUUCCUGCACGACCCGCCUGUCUGCUGGUGCAGCCCCGCUCCAGGGCUCACCACUAUUGGGGUGUGUGAGGAGCAGUAAAUAUAAAACCAGUUCACCUGUCCUCACGGAAUUACCCUUUUUGUUUUUGCAGUAUUCAUAAAGCUAGUAUAAGGUCUGGUUUUAGUCUAUUAAAUCUUAGAUAUCUGAAGGAAAAUGCGAAAAAGGUAGCCAGUUUUUAAAUGUUUUAACUUUUAAAAAAUGUAAAUUUUUGUACUUUUAUAGCUUCUAAACAUGAAAUUUAAAGAAUGUACUGUGAUGAAAUGUUCAAUAUCAUGUUGCUUCUCAGUAUUGUGUUGCUUCUGAUUCUAUGAAUGUUCAUUUUAAGACUCCUUGUUGAAAUGGGACAGUUGGCAGCGGCUCUGGUGAGCCUGAGAAGAGGCCUGCCCUUGGGUGCGGAGCCUCCCUCCGCACGACGCUCCCACGCGUCCAGCUUGCACCCGAGGGGCAUUUCCCUCUUCCAAGUGGACUCCUUCAAGGAAGCUGCAGCUCGGUCAGCAGAGAAGGGGCCUGGCGCCAGCGCCCUGGAGGAAGAGGAAGAGGAGCGCAGGAGGAUGGCUUGUCUCGCAGCAGCCACGCCGGCUUCGUGCUCAGCCGGUUCAUUUGAGUUUGCAUGCUUCUCUGCACUAUGGAUUUUGAGCAUUGAGAUUCCUUUAAUCGAAAGCGUUUUAGUGGCUCCAGUAGACAUUUUCUUUCUGAGGCAUCGUGCUUUGCAUGAGAGCAGGCCAAGGUUGAGGGGAAAAGUAAAGUUAAAGUUGGUUCUCUUUCAUAGCAACACGUAUUGUCUGACAUUCAGCCAGCUUUUUUUUUCUAAUAAUUUCUGUGCCUUCCUGU